AUGGCAACAUCGAUCAUUCAUCACGUUGACUUGAAAAGUGAUCUGUCGAAUUCACGCUACACUGAUAUAAAAGAAGAGCCUAUCGACAAACUCUUGAUGCCAAUUGACGGUUAUCAAGAUGAGCCAUUGGUGCCGUUAGAAGAGUCAGUUUCUCCAGUGACUCACCUGUUCACAAACUUGGCUCAAUACAUUUGGAUUGCAAAACGCAAUUGCCAGAAACCAUUGGACGAUCUAACACAAGAUGAAAGUGCUGCUAUUUAUUUGUACACAAUGCAGUUCCCACGAGACCAAAGCUUAUAUUUAAUUCUAAAUCGUUUUCUACGAACUGAAAAUCGUGAUGCACUCACUCCUUGGUUCAAAUACUUGAAGUUAUUCCUCACAGCUUUAUUUAAGUUGCAAUCGGUUCGCGCUACUGUUUGGCGAGGUGUACGAGGAGAAGAUCUUAGCGAUCAAUAUCCCACUGGUCACGAAUUUGCUUGGUGGGGAAUUACUAGUUGCACAGCGACCCCAGAUGUCUUAGAAAAGACAAGUUUUCUUGGUAAAACUGGAGUUCGAACGUUAUUUUCUAUUGAAUGUCUUAACGGAAAGUCGAUCAAACAACAUUCAUAUUUUAGUAAGACUGAAGAAGAAAUUGUUUUAUUGCCAGGAACAUUCUUCAAAGUCGUUGGUCAAGUAAAUCCCGCAGAAGGAUUACAUAUUAUUCAUCUAAAAGAAAUUCAGCCACCAUUUGUGUUGUUGAAACCGCCAUUCGAUGGCUCAGAGCAGGUAAAAUCUUCGUUGGAUCUGCAUAAAUUGAAGAAAGCAUCGAGACUAUGCAUAGUGAACGAAUCAUGUAUUUCUCCCUUAGCUGCCAGCGAUCAAUCGCUAUUAUGUUGUUCGUCGGAAUCUUUAACGCUUAUGAAUGUACAAGGUCAAAGCUUAUUUACGGUUAAGCGAAGUUUUGCUAUUCUUGACGUAUGCUGGUCAUCUUGUCUCCGCCAAUUCCUUAUUUUAUCUGAUACGAAUGCACUCUAUUCAUUGUCUGAUCAAACAAGAAAAUUGUCAAAAAUAGUCGUUUUCAAUAGAAAUAAUGUUCGUAGUUGUACAUGUAACACUCGCACAUUGAUGGUGAGCAACUAUGAUCACAAAUCAUUCAUCGAUGUGUAUGACCUAAAAUCUAGUUACAAAUUGAUUGAAUCGUAUGAGUUGCCAGUAAUGGGCAAAAGUAAUCAAUAUGUUGAAAUGAUUCGUCUGAGUGAAACGUAUCUUGGUAUUAUGCUUAAUCAGUUCUCUAACAAACGCAACUGGUUCGAACUACGUAACACAGAUGAUUUUAGUGUUUUACAUUCAAUUGACUUGGAGUAUAAUGAUUAUAUCCAUCGAUUAAUAGUCGUGCCAAAUGAUGAAUUUUUGAUGCAUGUUCAUGGUGGGAAAGAGCUGAUGAUGCUUACGAAAAAUGGAAUAGCUAAACUCGAUGUUCAUCCUAACUCGGCGAAGAAAGGAAUAAUGUCUAUAGCAUUUGUUGGUACCGAAAAAUGCUUUAUUAUAUCGACUAAUGAACCAUCAGAGUUACAUUUUUAUUCAUUAUGA